UCAUUCUAUCAGCGAAACUAUCGUCGAUCCAGUAGAAUGUAACUGGUUUAGAGCGUUUAUAGGCUCAGUCCGAUUUAAGCAACCGCAUUGGUUGGACAUUCUUAAGUGGUUCUUAAGUGAUUCCUCCUUCAGCGCAGAUUUUCUACCUGUCUUCGAGAACUCAUUAAACGCUAUUCUCAAAAUGAUGAACAACAAAAGCGCAACGUUGAUUGAUGGUAAGAGGAUCUCCGAUGAGUAUAAGAAGGGGCUUAAGGUGGAGAUUGAACAGUGGAUGAGCAAGGGGAACAGAGCGCCCUGUUUGAAGGCUAUUUUGGUUGGGGAAGAUCCGGCCAGCAGGACUUAUGUUACCAAGAAGAUGGAAGCCUCAGCGAUGGUGGGAAUCGACAGUGAGACUAUCAAUUUACCCAGCAGUAUUAGUCAGGAGGAACUGAUGGAGAAGAUUGUGGUUUUAAAUCAGGACAAGCAAGUCGAUGGGAUCUUGGUGCAGUUGCCUCUGCCAAAGCAUAUCGAUGAGCGCACCAUUUGCAAUACUGUUGAUGUUGAUAAAGACGUUGACGGGUUCCAUAUAACGAACAUCGGGAAGCUUGCCUUGAACAUGGACACGUUCAUCCCAUGCACUGUGCUUGCCGUACUUGAAUUAAUCAAAUGUUGCAACAUUGAAACUAAAGGGAAGACUGCUUUGAUCUGUGGAAGAUCGAAGAACAUUGGGCUUCCGCUCUCCAUGAUCCUGCACUCAGAUUACAGGAAUGAACUGCCCGGGUUGGAGGCCACAACCAUCAUGUGCCACAGGAAUACACCUGCAUCGGAACUGAUGAGAUAUGCCCCAACAGCUGAUAUCCUCAUCAGCGCUACAGGUGUUGUCGGUUUAAUUAAACCGGAGAUGGUUAAACCGGGAGCCGUCGUCAUCGAUGUUGGAUUGACGAGAGUGCAGAUGGCCGAUGGAAAGACUAAGCUCGUCGGCGACGUCGAGUUCGAAGGUGCGAGCAAAGUCGCCGGCUACAUAACGCCGGUGCCCGGAGGGGUUGGCCCCAUGACCGUGGCCAUGCUGAUGAAAAACACGUUCAAAGCUGCCAAACACUUGGCGCAAUAACGAAAUCUCUCACUCUCAAUCUACACUUACUCUAGUAUUAAAGAAGUUAUUACAUUAAGUUUGUAUAAUGUAUAGUACAACAA